AGCCGCCCGGGGCACCCGCCGCCGCCGCCAGUGCUGGCGGGAGGGCCGGGCGCGCCCCUUAGCGGCGGUCGGGAGUCAAUCGGGGGGGUGUCCGUCCAGGCUGGGCGCGCGGCGGCGGCGGCGGCGGGAUGGCUGCGGCUGCUGCGGCGGCUGCGGCGGGGUCUGGGGGCGUCCGGGGGGGCGGCGGGAUGGCCGGGGGGUCGUCGGGGGCGGCGGCCCUGCGCGGCUGGACGCCCUCCUCGCUGCUGCUGCUGCCCGCCGAGGCCGAGACCCGCCAGCGCCUCCUGCGCACCGCCAAGAAGGAGGUGAAGCAAAUCAUGGAGGAAGCCGUCACCAGGAAAUUUGUGCAUGAGGACAGCAGCCACAUCAUCUCCUUCUGCGCUGCGGUGGAGGCCUGCGUCCUGCACGGUCUCAAGCGUCGAGCAGCUGGUUUCCUGCGCAGCAACAAGAUUGCUGCUCUGUUCAUGAAAGUGGGGAAGAGCUUCCCUCCAGCCGAAGAGCUGUCUCGAAAAGUGCAGGAUCUGGAGCAGCUCAUUGAGAACGCACGCAACCAGGGCCCAGGGGGGCAGGAGACCACCCGCAAGAUCCAAAAGGCCCCCAACUUAUCAGCCCAGGCCAUCAGGCACCUCUGGAUCCGCACAGCGCUUUUUGAGAAAGUCUUGGACAAAAUUGUGCACCACUUGGUGGAAAACAGCAGCAAAUACUAUGAGAAAGAAGCGCUGCUGAUGGAUCCCGUCGAUGGGCCGAUUCUCGCCUCUCUGCUGGUGGGGCCUUGUGCCCUCGAGUACACCAAGAUGAAAACUGCCGAUCACUUCUGGACCGACCCUUCGGCUGAUGAGCUUGUUCAGCGACACCGGAUCCACAGCUCCCACUGCCGCCAGGACUCGCCGACCAAGCGCCCCGCUCUCUGUAUCCAGAAACGGCAUUCCAGCGGCAGCAUGGAUGACCGACUGUCCCUCUCAGCCAGAGACUAUGUGGAGUCCCUGCAUCAGAACUCCAGGGCCACCCUUUUGUAUGGCAAAAACAAUGUCUUGGUGCAGCCGCGAGAUGACAUGGAGGCCAUUCCGGGGUACCUGUCCCUUCACCAGACUGCCGACAUCAUGACACUGAAGUGGACUCCGAACCAGCUGAUGAACGGCUCCGUCGGAGAUCUGGACUAUGAAAAAAGUGUGUACUGGGACUACGCCAUGACCAUCCGCCUGGAGGAGAUUGUCUACCUGCACUGCCACCAACAGGUAGACAGCGGGGGGACCGUCGUCCUGGUGAGCCAAGACGGGAUCCAGCGCCCUCCGCUGCGCUUCCCCAGAGGCGGCCACCUCCUGCAAUUCCUCUCUUGCCUGGAAAACGGGCUCCUGCCCCACGGCCAGCUGGAUCCACCCCUCUGGUCGCAGAGGGGGAAGGGGAAAGUCUUUCCAAAGUUGAAAAAGCGCAGCCCCCAAGGAUCGACGGAGUCCACGUCAGACAAGGAGGAGGAUGAAGCCACAGACUACGUUUUCCGAAUCCUCUACCCUGGAAUGCAGUCAGAGUUUGCCCCCCAGGACCUGAUCGAUGGCCCUGGGAGCAGCCUGCCCUCCAUCUGGCAGCCGAGCACCCACACGUCCUCCUGCUCCUCCUGCUCCCAGAGUGGCUCGACGGAGAGCGGCCCCUCCAACGGCUGCAACCACGAAAGAGCUCCGCUCAAGCUCCUGUGCGACAACAUGAAGUACCAGAUCCUCUCCCGGGCGUUCUACGGCUGGCUGGCCUACUGCCGCCAUCUCUCCACGGUGCGCACUCACCUGUCGGCGCUGGUGAACCACCACAUCGAGUCUCCCAGCGUCCCUUGCGAUGCCAGCCUGGGUCUGUCAGCGGAGAUCUGGGAGAAGUUCAUGCAGGACAGUUCGAGCUACGAGGAGAAGGAGCUGCUACGCCUGGUCUACUUCGGAGGGGUCCAGCCUGAAAUCCGGAAAUCUGUUUGGCCGUUCCUCCUGGGGCAUUACCGGUUUGGAAUGUCAGAAGCUGACAGGAGGGAGAUUGACUACCAGACCCACGCCUGCUACACGCAGACCAUGGCAGAGUGGCUGGGCUGCGAGGCCAUCGUCCGGCAGCGGGAGAAGGAGUCGCACACGGCUGCCCUCGCCAAGUGCAACUCGGGGGCCAGCCUGGAUUCCCACCUGGAGCGCAUGAUGCACCGUGACUCCACCAUCAGCAGCGACUCUUCCCAGAGUGGCAGUUCCGGUCGACAGAACCUGGCCCACCUGCAGAGCGACUCCAGUGGCAGCACACAGGUGUUUGAAUCCGUGGACGAGGUGGAGCAGCCUGAAGCAGAGGCCCAGCCCGAGGAGGGCAAGCGAGCCAAGCUGUCCAACGGGGCCGUCCCCAACUGGACCAGCUCCCCAGACUCCGGCCACCCUUCCUCACAGAACAUCUCCAUCACCUCGGCGUAUUCAGAGCGCAGCUUCAGCACUGAGGACAGCGUGACGGAGGCUGGCAGGCCUGCCGGGACCCAUCCGGCUGGGGCGAGCAGGGGGGAGAUCCAGGGAGCUGCCACCCCCAGGGACGAGGGCCUGCUGGACGGGGGCCUGAUGGGGGAAGGCCUGCCAUGCCUGGACAUCCUGGAUGGAGACUCCUCCGCCAAGAGGACCUUAGAGGAGCUUGUCCCAGCGGGCAAGGAAGGGGAGGCGGACAGGCCGGAGGGCUGGGUUCUCAGCGCCGAACAGCAGAACUCGACGGGAAGUGAAGAAGACCUCUCGGAGGAGCCAGAAAUGGAGAGCCUGUUCCCUCAGAUGGAUUCACAUUCCCUGGCCGUCACGGACUUGACUGCUGUGGAAGUGUCUCCGGUCUCCUCAUCAGGGGUCACGUAUUCUCCGGAGCUCCUUGACCUGUACACCGUGAAUUUGCACCGCAUUGAUAAGGACGUGCAGAGGUGCGACCGGAACUACUGGUACUUCACGCCAGCCAACCUGGAGAAACUGCGCAACAUCAUGUGCAGCUACAUCUGGCACCACCUCGACAUUGGCUACGUCCAGGGGAUGUGUGACCUUCUGGCUCCUUUGCUGGUCAUUUUAGAUGAAGAGGCCCUGGCCUUCAGCUGCUUCUCGGAGCUCAUGAAGCGCAUGAACCAGAACUUUCCACAUGGGGGAGCCAUGGACACCCACUUUGCAAACAUGAGGUCCCUCAUCCAGAUUCUGGACUCUGAGCUGUUUGAGCUGAUGCACCAAAAUGGUGACUACACCCAUUUCUACUUCUGCUAUCGCUGGUUCCUCCUGGAUUUUAAGCGAGAACUUGUUUAUGACGACGUCUUCUCCGUCUGGGAGACAAUCUGGGCCGCUGCUCACAUCUCCUCCUCGCACUACGUCCUCUUCAUCGCGCUCGCCUUGGUGGAAGUCUACCGGGACAUCAUCCUUGAGAACAACAUGGACUUCACAGACAUCAUCAAGUUCUUCAACGAAAUGGCCGAGCGUCACAAUACCAAGCAGAUCCUCAGACUGGCCCGCAACCUUGUGUACAAAGUCCAGACCCUGAUCGAGAACAAGUGACCCAGCAGGACGGAGUGAAGAAGGAGACCACCACACGUCAUCCCUGGAGGCAAGCGCAGCCGCGGUGGAGUGUGUGUAAGACACAGAGACACGCCCCCUUCCCUUGCACGUGGCCACAGUUUGCCUCAUGUGAGCCCAAGAGGAGGGCGCCCGGCCACGGACUGAUUCUUGUGGCCAGUGUUUCUGGCCACCACUCACCGGUUCUGUUUGUGGUGGCAAUUAACCAAAGAACUCUCAUUCUCCAUCUCCCUUCUUUUCCAAGUGGGGUGGAAUCUGUUAUGGCAGAAGUCUUGCUUUCAGGCCGGGGCUGAAACCCCCCUUGUGGCGUGACUGUCUGGUUGGAUGGAUGGAAUUGCUGCUUCUUGUGUGUGGGAGCCGGGAGUAGGCAGGCAGGCAAAGCUGGCCCUUCUCUCCCCCCCCCCCCCGUCCCCGUGAUCUUCAGAGGGUAUUUUCAGGAGAAGCCCCUUGCAAUCCCACAGACACCGGCCCUGCCUCUGGGGCACCCUGGCUGUGGCCUCCUCUGGGUGCAGGAUCACACUCUAGGAGGGCCGGAAGAGAAUGGCAAAGCCUUUUCAAGGCCUCCUUUAUCUGGGAGGGGCACAGAGCUCCGCUUCCCUCCCGAUGCCCCCCCUGCAUGGUCCACCCCCAUCCCGACAGGUGAGGUCCAGGCAGCCUGUCCAACCCUGCUCUGUGGGGCUGCUCUGACGCCUCCUCCCUGCCUGCUUUUAGACACCCAAGCCCAGAUUCUGGAGCCAGCUGCCCUGGACAGAAGUUCAGAAGCCAGGUGGAGGCCUCUGAAGAAGACCUUUGUGUCUCCUGCUCUCUCUGUUCUGGAACUUCUGGCCUGGACUUCUCCGUGGCUUUCAGAGGGCAAGCUGGACUCUUUCCAGGACUUCUUCUCCUCAAGCAAGGCAGUCGCACGCAUCCCCUCCUGGGGCUGUCUGGACCCUCUGCGGCACUGUGCAAGGAUGGGCCAUGGAGGAGGUGAAGCUGCCCCCCUCUGAAGCCACCGGAGGCUGGGACUGAGCUGAGCCUCUGCGGGGCUUCUGCUCUCACCACACAGAGACCCCCAAGGCAGCCAUGUUGGGGGCUCAGCUGGAGGAGCAGUUUCGGGGGUGAGCAGCCAGCUCUGUGCUCCUGGGCUGAGGGUCUGCUUGGAGCUGUCCCCCUGCACCUGCCUUUGCCCUGGGCCCUCGUGGUUGACACUGUGGUCCUGCCGUGGCCUCCAGGGGAAUGUGAGGGGUGCCUCCCACAGCCUGCCCCCAACUUGAUCUCAACCUGACCCUCAUGAAUCAGUAAGCUGGCUGCGCUGUCAUGUCAGAGGCCCUCAGCAAUGCCACGAGGGCAAAGGUUUGAAUUGUUUUUAAAACUCAGGUUUUUCCCCCUUAAAGAGUGUGAGAAAGAGAAGUGAUAAAAAUCCUGACAUUUUCCCAUUGUAGCUAAGCUGGAGCGUGGUUGAGCCACGGGUAGCCAGAAAGUGCUCAGCCGUGGCUCCCUGAUUUCCCACAGGCUUAGUGGGGGUUUGGGGUUUUUUUAAAAAAUCCUGUGCUCCAAAAUCUUUGUUCAUCUCCCCCCAUGCUGACCCUGUGCCAGCUCCCCUCCACAUCUUCUACUUCUCUGGGGAGGCCACGAUUGAGCACUGCCCACUUACCAGAUGAAGGACCCUCAAUGGGUCCCUCCCUUCUCUGAGAUUUGCACUGCUUGUGUACCUGAGCUGGGGGGGGGGGCUUCCUGGUUUUGCCAUGCUCUUCAGAUGGCCCCACCCAUCUGCUUGGCAAAAGGUUGAAUUCAUAGCUGCUCCUCUGUACCCUGCAUGGCUCCCUUCCACAAAACAGUAGGAACUUUUGUUC